UGGACACAUUUAGUGCGCGACAAGAGCUUGAAACGAACGCAACUGGCAAUAAGCAGGCACAACACACGAAAAAACAAGCUCCGCAACACAACAACGCAUUUGGGACUUGGCGAUAAGCCCUUGAGAGUUAUCACAUCUCCAUAGUCCGAGCAGUGUGAUUCAACGGAUUCCGCCGUGACAUAGGACUACACCCCACAUUCUUGCCGCCAUGUUUUGGCAACCCUUUUGUCUAGUGUUGCUGCUGCUGGCGGUCACAGGCGACUGUGUGCCGCAAUCCUCGGUCAGCGCCUCCAAUCACUCUGCCGAAUAUGAAGCGUCAACGCGGCGUAUACUCGAUGUGGCCACGCAGCGUAUGCGUGGCAUUUGGGAAAUGCGCAAGCGCAUCUUUCUGCAGCUCACCUCGAAGGGUAAGUCGACACUCGGUGGCCAGGCGCCCAGCAAGCAGGAGGUGGACAUCGAAACCUACAAGCUUGCCUACGAGUUGGCCGCCAAUUUGAGUGUGGUAUCCGUGGAGCAAUUGCAUGAUCCGAAGCUCCGACGACGCGUGCAACGUUUGGCCAAGUUGCAGUUGCAGGGACUGCGGCCCAAUGACUACGAGCAGUCGAAAGAUCUGCUACGUGCCAUGCAGAACUUCAUCAGUGGCCAUAUGAUCUGCAACGCGGAAGAUUGCGCCAAUCGUAAGCCGACAUCUAUGUAUCCGCAGCUCUACAAUCAGAAUAUGCGACUGAAGCGCUAUGAGGACCUAAGGGGCAACUGGUACAGUUGGCGCAAUACCAUCAACGACAAGGAUACGGCCAAGUCGACGUUUAUUGACUAUGUGCGACUGCUGCGUAUUGCGGCCACCUACAAUGGUCAUGUGACGCCCUCGCGCACUUGGUAUCUCAACUUUGACACGGAAAACUUCCAGGCUGAGAUGGAGUCAGUUAUAUGGGAGAUAAUGCCGCUGUAUCGGGAGCUGCACGCCUAUUUGAGGCAUUGUGCCAUCAAGGCAUAUCCCAAGUUCAGCUUUAAGGACGACGGCGCAAUUACAGCGCCCGUAUUGGAUCAAAUACUGUCGCAGGCCUGGUAUCACAAGCCAAUCUUUCAAACGCCCUUUCCCAAGGAUCAGCUGCCCUCGGUGCAUCAUCGGCUCGAGGAGGUGCUGGUGACUCCUGUCAAGAUCAACAAGAAGGCAGCGGAGUUCUUUGAGUCACUGGGACUCAAUCACAUGUCCGACGGCUUCUAUGAGAAAUACUCCCGCCGCAUGAACGACGACGAAGCUGGCUCGGACUGUAAGCCGCAAGUCUACUACUUUCCCCCGGAGGUGGCGCUGCGCUACUGCCCCAAGCUGGACUACAAGAAAAUGAUGCAGAUUCACGGCACCAUGUCCGAGCUGCAGUACAACAUCUACAAGCGUGAGCUGCCGCUGGGACUGGACACCGAACCCUGCCCCGGUUUUGGCAGUGCGUUAGCCGAGACUGUGGUGCUGGCCUCGGGCACACCGCGACAUCUGCAUCGCUUGAAAAUUCUGUUCAACGACAGUCUCACUGAGAUGCAGUCACUCAAUCGUCUCUUCCGCAUGGGAGUGCACACGUUGUUGGCUGUGCCGCAGUACUUCAUCAACGACAAGUUUCUGGUGGAUGUCAUGGAUGGUCGCAUUGGUGUGCAGGACUACAAUUGCGCCUAUUGGCGCAUGCAGGAUAAGUAUGCAGGCGUGAUGCCGCCCGUUUGGCGCUCUGCCAAGGACUUUGAUGUGGACUACAGAUUCUAUCGCGGCAUGCAUCCCGAUCGCUCCAAUACCAGGAAAUUCAUGGCGGAGAUUUUGGGCUUUCAAUUCUAUCGUUCGUUCUGCUUGGCCAGCGGGCAAUAUAAGCCAGGAGAUCCCAAGUUUCCGCUGCACAACUGCGACUUCUAUGACAGCAAGGAAGUGGGCAAUCUCAUUCGCGAAAUGAUGGAGCUGGGCGCCACGAGACACUGGCGUGAUACCAUGGAGAUUGCAACGGGUGAACGCAAGUUGAGCGGACGUGGCAUCCUCGAGUACUUUGCUCCACUAUUCACCUGGCUCAAGGAGCGCAACAUGCAGCUGGAUGUCGAGCCAGGUUGGGAUGCAGAUGAUCUGUGUCGCAAGGAUCCGUAAAGCGUGAAAGCAAAUUUCUAUAAGUUAACUAUAUCUUACUCACCUAUAAUAAAAAUUUUACCCACUAUUAUAUUAUUCAAAA